GUGUGCAGAGCCAAGCUGAGAGGAGCAGGAGGUGAGCACAGAGGGCUUUGCCCUCCCUCUUGGCUCUUGGCCCGGGUCUGGGCUGAUUUGGAAGCUAAGGUGAGUGGGCUUGUGGAGGGCAGCAUUUGCCUCCUCCUAGCGUUGCCCCUUGCCUCUCCCCCGCUUGGGUGGGUUUUUUCCCGCCUUUUUUUUGGCGGGAAUAGUUGCGCCCACCAUUUUGUUUUGGCCCGGUGCAAAUUGCUUCGGCAAUUUCAGGCCUGCUGGAGCCCUGCACUAUUCUUUUGUAAUUUGUGACUGUGUGGCCUAGUGGUUUUAGUUGGAACAGAGCUCUUGGGAGAUGCUUCCAGAUGGGCUCAUUGACAGUUAUCAGUGGGGUGCCCUCCCCCCUCCUUUUUUGUAGGCACACUCUCUCAGCCUCGGCUGAAGUAAAUUUUUGAACUUGGUUUAUUUUGCCUGGUGCGGUUUUGUGGCUUGCUUUUGCUGGUUCUUUGGGAUUAUCAGUAUGCCUCCAAAGCCACCUCCUGUGCCUUUGGCAUCCAGGCCUACUACUAGGGGUCAGUCUGGAUUGCCCAGAAGGUCAUGGGCUGGCAUGGCACGGACACACAGAGCUUCCACUCCCAAAGGGACACCUGUUGCAGACCCUCCCGCAGAUUCAUUUCCUUCACUGCCUGCGGCGGCAUCUUCACUUUCACCCGAGAUAGUCGCCAAUUUAUCAAGGUCCAUUGCUGUCCUGAUUCAGCAGGCUACAACUUCCAGUCAGCCUGCCACUGCUGCGCCUUCUUUUGUUCCUGCAUCUCAGAUGGCGAGGGAACCAGCGCCCAGCUCCUCGGAUUCGUCCAGUUCCAGUUCAUCUUCUUCUUCGUCAGAUGAUGAAAGGGGGCUUGGAGCAUCGUCAUCAGCUGAUCGGCGCAAGGAACGGAAGAGGAAAAGGAAGGCCAAGAGGAGACGGCAAAUGGCCCGUUUUGCAGGGUCCGAGCAACCUGCAGUUGCAGGUGGACCUCGACCUAAUGUUCCAUGCUGGAGGGAUGGUUUUUGGGUUGAUCAUGCCUUGGUUCCUGGCCUACCUCGCUGGCAUUCAGGACUCCAGGGUGUGUGGGUAGAUCCACAGAUGAAUGAUUUACCCAUUUGUGCUCCAGGUGAGCACCCUCCGGGAGCUCACUUAUCUAGCAAGGUUAGAAAGCUCAUUCUUCGGGGAUGCUACGUGGAUGUCUUCACCCUCCUCCAGCCUAAGGGCAAGGAGGCUAUUGCUGUUACUUCGACAAAGAAGGCCAAGAAGGAGCCCAAGGUUGCACCGGCUGAGCACACCUUUGCUAACUGGUUGGAGGGCUUCACCAUCUUUAAAGCGGUAGUCUCUAUGGCCUUCCCUGAGCGAGCGUGGCAUUUAGACGGCCAUUUGCUUAAUGUUCUCAGGGCCAAGGCUUUUGCGGGAGACACAGCGGCUAUCGCCUACGAUGCGGCAUUCAGACAGCAUGCUUCGCAGAAUUCCAGGGAGCGUUGGGACCUGCUCCACAAUGAAAUUUGGCUGCUGGAAGUAGGCACUCGGGCUGCGCCACGAGCAUUGUCCCAAGUUUCAUCUCAAUUUGCUGAUAAGGGUCUGUUGUGCUGGGAUUUUAAUGUUGGCAAGUGCAUACGCACCCAGUGCAAGUUCGAUCACCUUUGUGCCUUUUGUAGAGGCUCACAUGCCAGGUUGUCUUGUCCUGAUGCUCUUUCCUCAUCGCAGUUUUCUCGGGCCAGGCGUCCUGCCUCUCCUAUUAAUCCUGGAGUUGGGCUUGCUUCCAAAUAGCUGCCAUUGGGAGCUUUCUAUUUGACUCUGCUCUGGGUUUGCAAUGUCAGUUAAUUCCUUGUAUUUCCCUUACUUCAUGGGAAUGGUUUCCAUGUUUUCUGUUGCUGCUUGUGUUGUUAAGAUUGCAGCUUAUUAUUGUUUGCUAAUUUCUAUUUUUCAGUUGUGACACGCUAAAGGUUUGGACAAUCGGCACCAGCAUUUUGCCGUCGAUUCGCUGCCUAGGAAGCGAGUAGAACAUGCUAUUUCCUUUCAAUAUGUCCUUUUGGAUAGGACUGCAGGCCGGCUUGGCAGCUUCCUCUUGGACUCCUGCUUUGUGCGCUUUGUGUUGGUAGGGUUGGCGGCAGGCGUUACUGAGUAACUGCCUUUUGUGGCGGCAGCAGAGGGUCUGGAUCUGGUGGUCAUGGUCUAUAUGGUUGCAUAGCACUGUAUCGGGAGUCCCUAUGGGCCACGGGAGCGAUGAGGUCAUGUGUUGUGGCCAUAACGUGACACUGCUUCCCGGUGACUAGGGGAUUUAAUUUGAAUGCAAUCACUAGGUUGCAUGGAUAUGAGAGGGCGUUCCAUCAGCCCCUAGCUCAUCCCGAUAUCUUGCUGAUAUAUGACCGGCCAGUAUCUUACAACAGCGGGUUGUACGAUGAUCCAGACCUCAUGCUUUUGGCCAACCCUACCUUUUGGCUGCUUGUUUUGCGUGAAUAAAGUUGUGACCUUUCCUCCA